AUGAAUGCAGUGGCCAUGGGCCACCAGGCUCGGAUAGUUCUCCGCAUCCCGCCAAUCACCAGGGAUAUCCGUGAGGAUAUUGAAUCCGGAUUCAGGAGGAUUUGCUGGGUCAUAGCAGAGAAGAUCUUUCAAUACGGCACUCUAUCCCCAAACACCAGAGCUUCAAUAGCGAGGGGCAACAGCCAAGGGCAGGGAAAGCACGAAGGAAUAACGGCGUUGGGAGCCGGAAAUCAAGUUGAAAAUGCAAGACCUCUAUUACCCAGGAGAGAGCUGCUCAUGCCCGAAAAGCGCCAAAGGGGACAAUGCACAGCUCGGGAUGUUGCAACGUCUGUCUCUGCUGCCCGUGAGCUUGGAAGCUCUGCCGCCGCUCCCAGGGCGAACAUUCGGUGCAAAAACGCCAAGACACCGCUCACAACCAAACGUCCAGGUCAACUCGAUGCACCCAUCUCGACGCCGCUCACACCCUCUCAAUUGGACUCGCAAGCCACCAUGACUUCCUCCGAAGAGCAGAGUAGAUACCAUCCACGGGAUGCUAUCUCUGCGGCCGCCAGGACUACGCUGAUCACCGGGAGCGUGGGUCUUUUUACGUCCGCUAUCCAGAAUACACUCGCGAAACAGAACGUUGGCCCAUGGGGUGUUUUCACCAGAACGGGGGGCACUGUCACCCUCUUCGCGACAAUGGGCGGUGCUUAUGAGUUUGUGAGGACUGCGUCUGCGAAUUUACGAGAAAAGGAUGACCACUGGAAUGCUGCCUGGGGUGGGUUCGCAGCCGGCGCAGCCAUGGGCUUUCGAGAUCUAAUGGUUCUAGCUCGCACGUUCCCCGCCGUCAUUGGAUAUGGCGCUACCGUCGCAACUGUGCUGGGCAUUUUCGAAUAUACCGGAGGCAGCCUUCGAGGAUACAAGGAAAAUCCAGAUGUGGAUGAGUUUGACAAACGGGAGGCGUUGCGAACGAAUUAUCGAAGCCCUGGAGAACAGACAAUUGCCGAGCUGGGGGAGGGAAGAGGAAUCCACGCGCCUGGCUACGCGGAGAGACGACGAGACAGGAUAAAGCAGAACUACGGCAUCGACGUGCCCGUCACGCAACCCUCGGCAUCCUAA